AUGGUGAGUCCAGAAACUCAAUUCAGCAAAUUUAUUGUCUAUUAUGGAACAUUCAUAGAUACUCCGGUCCUGGGAGAAUACAGAAUUAGAGAAAAUACUGUUAUUGGUGUAACAUUAUCUGCCUCUGAAUCUGGCACAAUCAAAUUUAUUAAAGAAGAUUGUUCAGAUCCGCUAGCAGCUGCUUUAUCUUAUGACCCAUCAUUGAUUGAACAAGAGAUUAUUAUCAUUGAAUUUUCUGAUAAUAAAUAUGCUAACAAACAUCAAAUGUCAAACUUUUUCUUCCCUGGGUUUAUAGAUACCCAUAUCCAUGCAUCACAAUAUCCUAAUUCUGGAAUAUUUGGGAAUUCAACAUUAUUAGAUUGGUUGGAAAUAUAUACUUUCCCUUUAGAAGCAUCAUUAGAAAACUUAACCAUCGCUGAAGAAGUAUAUAAUAAGAUUGUUCAAAGAACUUUAAGUCAUGGUACCACCACAGCAUCAUAUUUUGCAACUAUAGACCUAGAAGCAACAAAAUUAUUAAGUAAAAUAUGUUCGAAGAAAAAUCAAAGAGCUCUCAUUGGGAAAGUAUGUAUGGAUAGAAACUCACCUCCUUAUUAUAUUGAAUCAACAGAACAAUCCAUUGAAUCAAGUAUAGAAUUGAUAGACUAUUUGGAAAACAAUUUGAAAAAUCCUCAAGUUUUACCAGUUUUGAGUCCAAGGUUCGCACCAAGUUGUUCUAAUGAGUUGAUGUUACAAUUAACAAAUAUUUCUAAAGCUUAUAAUAACUUACAUAUUCAGACACAUCUUUCUGAAAAUAAAAGAGAGAUUAAAUGGGUUUCAUCUUUAUUCCCCAAUUGUGAAAAUUAUACUGAUGUCUAUGACAAAUACCAUUUACUAACAAAUAAGACGAUUUUGGCACAUUGCGUCCAUUUAUCACCCAAAGAGGCAUCAUUAAUCAAACAAAGAAAUUCAGGAAUAUCUCAUUGUCCAAUCUCAAAUUCAUCAUUAACUUCUGGUGAAUGUAACGUUAAAUGGUUAUUAAACCAGAAUAUAAAAGUAAGUUUAGGCACUGAUGUUUCUGCAGGUUAUUCUUGUAGUAUUUUGAAUAGUGCUCGUCAUGCACAUUUAGUUUCAAAACAUUUAGCCAUGCAUUCAUCAAAAACAACUGACACUUCUUAUGAUAACACAGAAAGUGUCGAAGAUGUAGAAUUGUCUGUUCCAGAAUGCUUAUAUCUAGCUACGAUGGGAGGUGCAAGAGUAUUAGAUAUGGAAGAUAAACUAGGAAGUUUUGAAAUUGGUAAACAAUUUGAUGGUCAAUUGAUAGAUUUAGAGACAGAAUCCUCUAACGUUGAUAUCUUUACUUGGCAAUAUCCUAAACCAGGUAAUUCAAGAUCAGAAAGAAACGAAGUACUUCAAAAUCAACAUCCAAGAAAGUUAUUAUCCACAUCAACUUUUGACGAUCUAAUAGCCAAAUGGUUUUUUACUGGUGAUGAUAGAAAUACUGUGGCAGUUUGGGUCGGAGGAAAAUUAUCACAUACAACUAUAAAAUGA